AUGAAGUGCCACCUCAUACCAUCUGAAAUUGUUACAACUGCAACUUACCCAAAUCCUCCUGGGAAUAUUGACAUCCAGAAGCAGACAACCAGUUCUAUUGAACUGCAAUGGGGAAAAGCACCUGAUAUGGAAUAUGCAUUCAACUACAGCUACAAGCUGACCUUCAAUCGUUCUCUGGACGAUAUAAAAAUCCCUUCUGACAAGACAAAUUACAGUUUGUCCCAACUUCCUUCUGGGACCUCCUACAACAUUUCUGUGACAACUGUGGGACCAAUGUAUUUUGAGAGUAAAUCUGUUUACAUAUACGUGACCACAAGACCUCACAAUGUGAAGUCUGUCACACUUGAUCCUGGCGAGGAACAUAUCAAUUUAAAUUGGACCCAACCUGAUGAGUAUAAGGAAACCUAUCGUUUUUUUGUCGCCUGGCAAAGCCGUGAUUGGGCUUAUCCUACGAACACCACAAGUAAUAAAACUUCAUAUAACAUCACUGGACUGACGCCUGGUACUAACUACAACAUCUUCAUCAUCACCAAGACCUCUGAUGGAACAGAAUCUGCCACAGAGAAGAUGUCCGGCUGCACAAAUGCAAGUCCUGUGAAUAACUUAAGAUGUGAUGGACCAAACUCUGGAGAUGCAAAAAUUAUUCUGAAUUGGAACGAGCCCAAAGGAAAAUACUAUAAUUUCAAGUUUACUGUAACCAACACUUCCACCCUUUCUUAUACGAAUAGUUUUGAACACAUUAUUUCUAAUCUUACUUACCAUUCUACUUAUAGUAUUACAGUAGAGACUCAAAGUUGUGGAAAUUCUAGCCCUCCUCAGUGGAUAACAUGUCAGACAGGUGUCACAAAGCCCCCCAUUCCAUCAGACUUUGCGAAGCAGGUGUCUAAAACUCACACUACAUUCACCCUUCAAGUUAAAACUAACCUGAUAAACAACUCUAAAGGACCAGUGACUCAUGUUGGGAUUCUGGUAACAAGCGAUGACAGUGCCAAAAUUCCUGAUAUUGAAAAUUUCCUGGCGAAAACAUACAGUGAAUGGAAAUCAAAGUCUGCAAUAGCAUAUCUUGCAACAGUAAUGAACUAUACCCAAACGUUCCUUAGAAGUUCUACUCCCUUAGACUUUGAGAUAGGAAAAGGAUCAACGUGGGAAGGCUAUGCUAAUGAUCCUCUGGAUCCAUCUGGAAGUUAUAGAUAUGCUGUUGUGGUUUGUACCUAUUUGGUUGUGGAUUCAAGAAGAAUUGACACCAGCAAAUCAGUUUGUUCUAUAUCAGAUUUGUCUACUGUGAUUAUUCUCGACAAAGAUCCAGCUAUCACCUAUAUUGCUGUUGGAGUAACGUUGGGAAUUUUUGGAUUUCUCUUUGUCAUCCUUAUUGGUUUCAUCAUCUAUUGGAGAAGGUUAUCCCGUAAGGAGUCUCCUGACAUCCAGAUUCAGUCGAUGGGGGGGAAAGUAAGUGUGGCUGUGAGAGUGGAGGACUUUGAAGCUUACUACAGGAAGCAGAAAGCUGACUCCAGCUGUGGCUUUGCUGAAGAAUUUGAGGACCUGAAGCCUGUUGGUACAGCUCAGGCAAAACUGCAUGCACUGGCUCUUGAAAACAAGCCUAAAAAUCGCUACAACAACGUGCUUCCUUAUGACUCCUCGAGAGUGAAACUCUCUGUUGUCCAUGGAAGUCCAAACGAAGAUUACAUCAAUGCUAACUACAUGCCGGGUUACCUUUCCAGGAAGGAGUACAUCGCAGCUCAGGGACCUUUGCCUGCAACAGUCAACGAGUUCUGGAGGAUGGUCUGGGAGAAGAACGUCCAAACUCUGGUCAUGCUAACACGCUGUAAUGAACAAGGAAGGGUUAAAUGUGAGCAGUACUGGAGUUCUGGCACCAAACACUGUGAAGACAUCAUUGUGACAACAACCUCUGAAAUCCAACUUGAAGACUGGACCAUCAGGGAUUUUGACAUAAAAAAUGUGAAAACAACAGAGGUCCGCUCAGUCCGCCACUUCCAUUUCACAGCCUGGCCUGAUCACGGCGUUCCAGAAACCACAGAGCUUCUGAUCAGCUUCAGACAUCUGGUCAGAGAGCACAUGAACCAGUAUUCCAGAAACUCCCCCACAGUGGUUCACUGCAGUGCUGGAGUCGGGCGCACAGGCACCUUCAUAGCCAUCGACCGCUUGAUCUUCCAGAUCGAGAGGGAAAACACUGUAGAUGUGUACGGCAUUGUACAUGAUCUGCGAAUGCACCGGCCCCUUAUGGUGCAGACUGAAGACCAGUAUGUCUUCCUAAACCAGUGUGCCUUGGACCUAAUCCGGGCGAGAACUGGGAACAAUGUGGAUCUAAUCUACCAGAACACAGCUGCCAUCUCAAUUUAUGAAAACGUAGAACCCAAAAGGGGAUAUUAGUCUGCUUUUUCAUUUCUUUACGGCUCUCCCUCUCUUUUUGGGUGAGAAAUAACUGAGCAAACAAGUUUAAAGGGAAUAUGUUUGUAAGAAACAUCAACCAUUAAGGGUUUAAUCCUCUUUUUUAUAUUUAUUUGUUAAAAAAUAGAGGAAACAGCAGUUUUUUAUGCUCCUGCCUUCAAUUUUCAUACAUGCAUAUUGUUGCACUGCACAAUUAUUAUAAAAUUGCUUUCUACUGUAAAUGACUCAGAUUUUAUUUUGCUCAGGUAGUUUUAUUGUAUACUGUGUUGGUAUUUUUAAAUCAACUUUUAAAUUUUAACUGCACAAUACAAAGGCUGGUGGUAUGUGCCUUAAAAAGAGCAUUCAUGCGUUUGCACCAGUAGAGGGCACACUUGUUUUAUUUGUUCUAGUUAUUAAACAGGGAUAAUGUGAUAUUUUAAAGGAACUUUAAGUUAUUCUCUCCUUGCCUGACUAACUGAAAGCCAAUAUGAACUGUGCAAUGUGAUUUUAUGAAGGAGUUUAUUUGUUUUGGUCUCUUUUUGUAUUUAUAUGCACUGCAAUGUGACGAAUGCACUCGAUGCUUUUAUUCAUUUGUCCCACCCUGUCCACUUUAAACAUUAAAGGUGUUUCUUUUCAAAUAGUUUAUAUUACAUUCUGGCCAGUGGUUCUUGAAAUGAAAUAUCUAUCUUAUUUCUCAUUUCAUCUCAGGAACUUCUUUCAUGAAGAGCAUGUUACUGGCUGUAUUUGUAUUAAAAUAUAUAUAAUGCACCAGUUUGUAUUAUUAAUUAAGACAUUAGUUCAAUUGUCUUUUUUUUGCUCUUUCCUAUGCUGCACAUGCUUUAGAAAAACAUGUUAUUUCAUUUCCUGUGACAUCUCUUAUCCAGCUAUGGUCACUUCCUCUGUAUAAAAAGUCACUGGAGAAGCAUAUUUUUGUCAAUCUUCCAAACAGCAGGAUUUUCCAUUAGCUUGGUACAUUUCUUUUUUUAUAUAUAGUUUGAUUUAAAGCACUUAUGUUUUAAUGAGAAAUAGGAACAUGAAAUAGUAAAUUUUUUAGGAUGUUUUAAAAUGCUUUAUGAGAUGCUUGCUGGUUCAAUGCAACUAUGUAAAAUGAGCUGAAGAUGUGUACUUCUUAAAUAUGUCAAAUUAAAUGGGAUUAAAGAUGUUGCAACAUUGUGGCAACAAUCUACUCUUUAUUAAAAGCUAUUUGCUUCAAUGCCAAUAAAGCUAAACUGU